UUUGGAAGACAUUUGAAAAUAUUCAGUGUUUCUCAGUGUGUACGUGGAAUUGUGGCAUUUGUUUUCGAGUGAAUUUUAAGUAAAAUUGCCAGAAUAUCAAGAAUAUUUUGCUAAUUUGCGUGGAAGGUUGACGUUACACCAUGUUUUAGUAGCAGCAAUCCUUCCCGGUGCUGAAUUGCGCAGAGCAAAGUGCCGUAACUUUUCGAGCGUAUCGCACAUAUGUAAAAGGUCACGCUCGUCACACGGCGGAAGGAAAAAAGAAAAAGUUUCGCCCAGAUAAUUCAACAAGAUUAACAUUUUCUUUGAAAGUAUCAGCCAGCUGGCUGAGAAUUUACUAGAGAUGCGUGCCCUCGGGAUAUCGGUGAUAAGUUUGACGCUGACCGGAAUGGUGAUCGGGAAUGCGUACUACCAGAAGAAGCAGUUUUAUCCAUCCGUCGUCUACAUCACAAAGUCCAACCCAAGUAUGGCGGUUAUCUACAUACAGUCGCUGGUCCUAGUGCUGAUGCUGGGCAAACUGAUGAAGAAGAUCUUCCUGGGAACGCUGCGGGCGGCCGAAUUUGAGCACCUGAUGGAGCGGUUCUGGUACGCGCUGACCGAGACGUGUCUCGCCUUCACCGUGUUUCGGGACGACUUUAAUCCCAAGUUUGUGGCUCUGUUUACGGUGCUCCUAUUUCUCAAGUCGUUCCACUGGCUGGCGGAGGAUCGCGUCGACUAUAUGGAACGAAGUCCAGUGAUUGGAUGGAUAUUCCACCUCAGAGUGGCCGGACUGUUGGCUUGCCUGGCCGUUUUGGACUAUCAGCUGAUUGCUUACGCGUACCAGUCAACGAUCGCCAAGGGUGCCACCGUGCAGUUGGUGUUUGGAUUCGAGUACGCGAUCCUGAUGACGAUGGUUCUGAACACGGCCAUCAAGUACAUGUUCCACGCAGCGGAGUUGCGAUCCGAUACGCCCUGGGAGAACAAGGCCGUCUUUCUACUGUACACGGAAUUGAUCAUUGGACUGAUUCGAGUGAUCCUGUACGUGAUUUUCGUAAUUCUCAUGGUGAAAAUCUACACAUUGCCACUGUUUGCUUUCCGGCCCAUGUACUACACGAUGAGAAAUUUCAAAAAAGCACUCAACGACGUGAUUCUAUCGCGCCGUGCCAUUCGAAACAUGAACACCCUGUAUCCGGACGCCACGCCGGAAGAGCUGCAACUGUCAGACAACAUUUGCAUCAUCUGCCGGGAGGACAUGGUCAGCAGCUCGAAGAAGCUGCCGUGUGGGCACAUUUUCCACACCGCCUGUCUGCGGUCGUGGUUCCAGCGGCAGCAGACGUGCCCGACCUGUCGGUUGAACAUUUUGCGCACUCCCAUCACAACAACCGCGCCGAAUCCCAUCCAACCGGCUGCCGGCAACGACGCGAACAAUCAAAACGACGCAAAUCGAUCUACUUCGACGAUGGGAGCGGCAGGUGCGACCGUGCCCGGAGCUGCCGCAGCACAGGCUAAUUUGCCAAAUAUGAAUCUACCAAACUCGGCCACCCUCCCAAUAAUUCCUGGAGCACCCGGAUUUGUACUCCCGCAGAUGCCGUUCAUCGGCCUUCCACCUUCCACCUUGCUUAUGCCUCUGCCCCCGGUUCCGCCAGCUCUGGACACCCUAACCGACGAAGAGCUGCGCGCAAUGGAAGGAAACGAGCGCCACCACGUCGAAGAACGAAUUAAGCAUCUCCAAAACAUUCGCACCCUGCUGGACGCUUCGGUUGCCCUCAUGAACCAAUAUUCGACGAUCGUUGCCCGGUUGCCCCCGGUGGAGAUCGUUCCAGCCGCAGCAACUUUGACAACCGCCGCCGUACCGCCACCACCAUCACCAGUUGCAUCGCCAUCCACCGAGGUAGCCGCCAGCAGCAGUGCAUCCGCCGUACUUGCGACCGUCAAGCAACCGUCCGAAGUUCAAAUCGAAGACCUCGGCAGCGAUGACGAUUCGGUGACAAAGCUGAAGAAAGAACCGCUCCCGAGUACCAGCAAAGCGUUCCUUAUAACUCCCGACCAGCAGCAACAAUCGCCGUCCACCAGCAGUAGCAGCGUGCGACAUUCAGAGGAUUCCGAAAUGAGCGAACUAAGGCGCAGAAGGUUGGAAAAGUUUGGCGCCGCCUCGUCUGGAGCCAACUAGAGCGACCCUGCGAUAAAACAAGACUGGCGAAGGCUUCAAUUUCCGGAAAGAUCCGGCAAAAACAGAGAGAAAAGAAAAACAUCCACUUGAUGCCGCUGGGAGCUGCGGAGUGAUACAUGAAUUAUUAUUUUGUUUAGUUUUUCUCCGAUUUUCUAUUUGUUAUAUAAUUAUUGCUUUUAUCCUUCGCUUUAA